AUGUCAGCUAUUUCGGCUCAUAAUGGUGUUACAUGUGAUUGUUGUAUGAAAUCAAAUUUUUCCGAUCGACGAUAUAAGUGUUUAGAAUGCUUAAAUUAUGAUCAAUGUGGCCAAUGUAAAGACAACGACGCAAAAACGCAACAACAUGAAACGACACAUCCAAUGCAAUGUAUAUGUACACAACAGUUGAAAGAUUUAUUUUAUAUUGGUGAAAGCUCACUACGUGUUGUCACUUCAUUGACGUGUCCUUAUUGCGGUGAUGGUGGAUUUUUAACGUAUGAUUUAAUACAACAUCUAUUAAAUGCGCAUUCAGAAGAGAAUAGGCAGAUUUGCCCAAUAUGCGUUCUCUCUCCAUCAGCAGAUCCAAAUUAUCGCACAUCUUCUCUAAUAGCGCAUAUUCUAAGUGCACAUGAAUAUGAAUCAACAUCUUCGACUCAGUCUCAGCCAGCAAUAUCCCUUUCACUCGAACAACAACAACAAGAGCAACGACAACGGGUCACUUCGCGCACCUUGCAACCACUUAAACAAGUAGCAAUGACGGCAACCAUAUCCUUUUUUGGUUUUGCUCGUCGAGAUGAUACUUCUAGUCGAAAUCGUUAUUAUCCAACCUCUCGUGGUAGUGCAGUUCGUGGAUUAUCGGGCAGAUAUCAUGAAUCAACUAUGGUGCAAAAUGUUGAUAUUCAAGAAGAUGAAAUAUUUGAGGAAGAUCUUUAUCAGCAGCAAAGACGAGCAGCAGAAAAUUCGAAGAAUACAGUUAGGAGAAAUGGUGGUGCUCUUGCUCCUCCAGCAUUUCGUCCAGUAACACAAAUAAAUUCGUCAUCAGUUGCAGCUUCAAAUUCAUCUUACAAUUAUUUGAAUCGAUAUGCAUUUACAGAUGAAUAUGCAUUCGACAAGUCACAAAGACAAGAAAAUAUAUCAGAUGUAAUAUCAUCACAAUUAGAAACUGUUUUGCCUACAACUCAUAUUUCACAUCCGUCAACAUCAGUGACUACAACUGCACCGUCUGUUACCGCUGUUUUACCAACGCAGUCUCAUUUGAAUGAAAGUUUGCUACACUCAUCAAAUCUGUUUCGCACUCCAAGAGUUAAAGAAGACAUACAACGCUUUACACAACAGAUUGAACAAAACAAAGCAAUGAUACGAAUAAAAUCCGAAUUGCUGAAUCAACAUUUUGCACGUGUUAAUUCUUAUCCUUCUCAUCGUCAGCAAUCUGUAGCUUGGAGUCAACAGUCUCAAUCAGCAGCACUAACAGUUCUUGCUCAAGCUCAACUUUUACAUCAACAACAAAUAGCAGCCACGGAUAUUUAUUCUCAACGUGUAUAUACACCAGAGGUGCAAAGAGUAGUACAGAACAGUAUGCAAAUACAUCGAUCGAUUCCCGUUAAAAAAUCAACAAAAAUAAUAAAUAAUAAUAAUCAAAAUGAAAAAGAUCAACGAUCACUUUUAGGAAGAAUUUUGUUGGCUUCAGAUGAUUGUGAUGUAAAACAACGUGACUUUCAACAUACAAAAUUAUCGUCUCACGUCAAUUUUAUUCAAAAUGUUCUAAUUAGUUCAUUUAAAUCACCAGUAGAAGGAAAAGAGAAUGAAUAG